AUGUUUUCAUCACACCGUCUGAAGACUAUUCCUGAAUCUAAGCCCUCGCUUCUUAAACUGUUGGUUGUGACCCCUUAUUUUGAAACUGUUUUACUUUUGGAACCUGGAAAUAAGCAAGCUGUAACUGAACUUUCCAAAAUUAAAAAGGAAUUAAUUGAGAAAGGACACUGGGACAAUGUCUUUCUUGAUUCAACACAAAGGCAGAAUGUGAUAAAGCCAAUUGAUAAUCCAUCUCAUCUUGGAUCGGCUAAACCACUCAGGAAGAUUAUUAUAGAAGAAACUGGUAAUUUGAUACAGACUGUGGAUGAGCCAGAUAGCACUGCUGCUCCUCCUCCAGAGAGUAAUCCUAUUAAUCUAGCAAAUGUCAUAGCAACCACAGGCACUGCAAAUAAGAAGAAUUCAAGCCAAGAGGAUCUUUUGCCCACAAGCGAUGUUCCAAAAGCAAAAGUAUUAAAAAUAGAAGAAAUCAGUGGGACUUCAGCCGUUCAACCUCCAAUUAGUUUGAGGCUGAAUGUGUGUCCGGCAUUCAGUGAGAAGAUUUCUACAGAGGCAGACAAAGGCUUGACUCCGUUUAUCACAGCUGUUCUUCCGCCUCUUCCGGCAAACUCAUUCCAGCUUGAAUCUGAUUUCAGACAGUUGAAAAGUUCUCCAGAUAUGUUGUAUCAGUAUUUUGAAGGUAAGGAGCAGCUCUUACAAAUUGAACCGUCCUUAUAUCCUAAGUUGUUCCAGAAAAAUCUAGAUCCAGAUGUAUUCAACCAGAUCAUUAAAAUUCUGCAUGACUUUUACAUUGAAAAUUUUGCACGUGUAUUGUUCAAUCACAUAGAUAAAUCAGGAUUGAAGAAUAUGUCUCUUGAAGAACUCAAGAAAAGAUAUGGUGGUUGACUUCCAUUUUUACUGAAAUUAGUUACCUUUGAUCUUAAUAAGUAAAAUUUUCUCUACUGAAAAUAGUAUGUGUGGCUUUUUAAGGAAAUGGCAUCAUACAGAAAAGGACUGAAUAUAAUUAACUAUAAAGUGAAUUGUAAUUGAAAAUU